AUGGCUGAUUGCAAGGCAAGCUCUAUACCGAUGGAGUGUCGCCUUCGUUUGGAGAAAAGCGUCGAGGAAAACCGUACGGGUACACUCGAUCUAGGCCUCCAGUACGCGGGACCAGAUGACCCACAGUUGAUGACUGCCUUCUGUGACGCUGAUUGGGCGAACGAUAUCAACGACAGACGAUCGAUUACUGGAUAUCUUCUCAAGGUGUUUGAUUGUACAGUGAUUUGGACAACCCGAAAGCAGCGUGCAGUAUCUCUAUCUUCUACCGAAGCCGAACUGUGUGCUCUCUGUGAGGCUACAUGUGACGGAGUAUGGCUAAUGCGUUUACUGGUGGAUAUUGGCUACAAGAUCAAGACACCGAUACCGUAUCAUGAGAUUGUCCACAAUAAAGAUUAUCGAAGGACUCCGUGA